AUGGAAGAUAAUUUCCACAACAGCUCAGAUUUGCCUUCGUUCACACUGACAGGGCUCCCAGGGCUGGAGUCCUCCCAACACUGGAUGUUUCUGUUGCUUGGUGCUCUCUAUGCUGUCUCCAUUGUGGGCAAUGCCCUGAUCCUCUUCAUUAUCAAAGAGGAGCAGAGCUUGCAUCAGCCUAUGUAUUACUUCCUUUCUUUGCUAUCAGUCAAUGACCUAGGUGUGUCCUUUUCCACAUUGCCCACUGUGCUGACCACAUUUUGCUUCCACUUAAGGAAGAUCAACUUUGAUUCUUGCAUGGCUCAAAUGUUCUUUAUCCACCUCUUCUCCUUUGCGGAGUCUGGGAUCCUACUGGCCAUGAGCUUUGAUCGAUACGUGGCUAUCUGCAACCCACUGCGGUAUGCCACAGUGCUCACUGAUGCCCGAGUGGUGUGCAUGGCCAUAUCUGUUAUCAUCCGCAGUUUCUGCAUGGUUUUCCCACUGCCUUUUCUUCUGAAAAGACUGACCUUCUGCAAGGCCAAUGUGCUCUCCCAUGCGUACUGUCUACACCCAGACUUGAUCCGCCUGCCCUGUGGUGACAUCACCAUCAACAACAUCUUUGGCUUAUUCAUUGUCAUCUCUACCUUUGGCCUGGACUCUGCACUCAUUCUCCUCUCCUAUGUGCUCAUACUGCGCUCUGUUCUGGCCAUUGCCUCCCGGGAAGAGCGAUUGAAGACACUCAAUACGUGUGUGUCACACAUUUGUGCUGUGCUCAUGUUUUACGUGCCCAUGGUUGGUGUAUCCAUGGCUGCCCGCUAUGGGAAACAUGCCCCAAAGUAUGUGCACACACUUAUGUCCCUGAUCUAUCUCUUUGUGCCUCCAAUGCUCAACCCUGUCAUCUAUUCAAUCAAAACUAAAGAGAUUCGUCGAAGGAUUUGCAAAAUACUGCUGGGAACCAAGCUUUGA